ACACAAUAAUUCUUAUUUUAAGGUAAUUAUACACUAAGGAAAACAUACUUAUUAAUAUCAUAUUCCAUUUCUGCCAGUAGAUCUAAAUGUUACACCCACUGUUCCUUUAAAAGCACAUCUUUAAGUGGCUAAAUCAGACAGAUUGGCCGUGUUUUUUGAGCAGGGCACACAUUUAUAUUUGGUACAGACACAGAAUUAAGUAAAUAUAGGGAAAAAAACGUCCCUUAAAUUGUAGUAAUAUAAGAUUUUGUGAAAAGAUUUUUGAUUUCAUCCAUUGACUCCCAUUCAUUUUGCACUUAGUGAGCACUUGGCGCCCCCUAGUGGCCAGAAUUAAAGUGUCUUUUCCUGUGGAGCUGCCUUUGCUGUCAGCUCAGUAAUUGCACUCAGCUGGCAUCCAAGGUGUAAAGGAAUCCCUAAUUACAUGGUCACAGUGAGAACUAGCAGAGCUUUGAAUCCAGGAUUAAAAAGGAUUGACCCUAAAAAAAAUCAUUGGCAGAUGUGGCUUACUGUUAAAUCCUGUGCUGGGGUUCUAUAAAACCCCUUUUUUCACCUCCCCAAAUGACGGUGGACGCUGUGUCUGUGCGAGCAGCAGGCAGAGGCAGGGCUCAGUUUGACGAAGCUCAAAAAAGUCCGCGGGGAAGUUCCCUAGGAAAUCCCCUAAAGACUGUUCCGGAGAUAUUAUUCUCCACAGCGAUGCUGCCGCACAUCUCCAACACAACCGACCUGCUCAGGUCCAUUUCUAAAAGAGACACAGAAGUUUAAAGUAUGGAUAACGUCAGUAUAAACUCGGAUAACAACGACACGAAGCUCCGGAGCUGCAGCACCCUGAAUACUAUGUACCAUGAGUCGCAGCAGGAGAUGGAGCUGCUGAACAAACAGAUCCAUGUGAAGGAUAACAUCAUAGCAGAUCUGAAGGCGAGGCUGGGCAGGUACGAGAGGGUCUACAUGACGGUGGGAGAUAAUCACGAGUCUCUGCUUAUCGGGCCGUCCAAGUCUCUGCUGGAGAGCUUGUGUAAAGAGAUAUGCAAACUGAAGCAGAAGAGCGACGAUGUGGAGUUCAAGGCAUGUCGACAAACAGAGGAGAUCCAGAGGCUGACAUUGGAGCUCCGAGAGAAGGAUCUGGAGCUGGAGGGCGUCAGGGGUCAGCCGGACCAUGAGAAGGACCGGGAGAUCCACAGGCUGAGCUCGGCCCUGAAGGAGAGGGAGCGGUGUGAGGCCACCAGAGCUGUGCUCUGCACAUCCCUGGCGGAGGAGGCUGACCAGCUGCGUGGCCAGCUCGGUGCAACGGUGAAGGUGUGCCAGGAGCUGCUGUCCAGGCUGGAGAGAGGUGGAGAAGGAGGAGGAGAAAUGGAGGAUGUGACCCAGCAGGAAAAGUCUAAGGAGACGACAGAGUCCUCUGACGUGAGUGGUGUUAACGCCCAAAUCUGUCAACUAAAGAAGGAGAAUCGACAGCUAAAGCAGCGGGUGACCUAUGUACAAAGUCUGAAUACUCAGUGGCAGAAGUAUGACUCCAGCAGGGAGGACUAUAUCAGAGGUCUAUGUCAGAGGCUGAAGGAGACCUCCGGGCAGGGCUUGAUGCCUGGGCUUGGCUCUGUAAGCACCGGGUUGCUCCAUCAGGAGAUUUCCAGGCUCAACGGCUUACUAGAGGAGCAGAUGAGCGAGUGCACGCGGCUGAGUAGAGAAGUGGAGGAGAAAAGGAGGCAAGAUCAAGAGCGCAUCCAGACUCUGGAGCAGCAGGUCCUCAUCUACACAGAUGACUUUAAGUCGGAGCGUAAAGACAGAGAGCGAGCACAGGGCCAGAUCCAAGACCUGAAGGAGCAGAUUUAUCAGUUAAAACAGCAGCUGCAUAAAAAGCAGGGAGCCAGCAGAGAGAGCAGAGAGGUGGUUCCCAUGUGUCGUGUGCACAUAGGACACAGGAUCAACUCGAGGCGACAACAGUCCUCAGAGCCUCUAUUGAGGACACCUGCUGAGAUGCAGCAACAGCCCGCAGCCGCAGCAACAUCGAGCCCCGCGUGGAACGAAUGCCCGGGCAUGUCAGAGUUACAGUGCCCGCGAUGCCUCGCCACGUUCAGCGACACGGAUGCCUCAGAGUACCUGAACCACUGCGAGGAGUGCGCCAAACUAUAAACGGAACAACACUCAUUUUGGGAAAAGACAGUAAUCUCUCGCUGACAGUAACUGAACACUGAAGAGCAUCACUACAAGGCAGAAAAUAACCUGAGUGGAGUUUCCAAUUCGGAGAGACUUGACUACAAAUGAAACGACUGACUUGAGAUGUUUGUACAUAGUGAAGCAAAACUGUACAACCCAAACUUCCCCUGUCGCAAGAGAAAUGAGUUCAUCAUGCUUGCAUAGUAAACAGUGUCAGGUUCUUAGUGAUCUCCUGUGACAACGCAGGAGAUUUAUUGUGGUGGGAAAGUGGAUGUCAAUGCAAUAUAUCAAAUGUCAUAUACCUCAAUGUGUCAAAUUACAAAACCUGUUGCACUUUCUUGACAUUUAGCCAAAAACUGAAUCGUAGGAUCGUACGACUUUGAGAUUCGAGAUUCAUGAUGCAUAAGCUUCUUAUUUUGGUGCUAUUAGUUUGUUUAUUUUUGAUUGAACUUUACUUAUUUCUGUCCUGUAAAUUAUAUAUUCUUAAUAACAGAUUUAAAAUAUAUAACUAUUAUAUUAAUAUUUAUUGUCUUUGCAUAACUAAUUGGAGAAGGCAAAGCAUUUUAGUGCAAUGUUUAGUUGCCUUUUUUCCACCGAAAGCCGUGGAGGGAAAAAAAAUGUUUGAUCCACUUUUUCUAACAGUGUAUGUAAAGAUUGCAUCCAAACUGACAAUAAUAUGCUUAUUUUUUUGGAGAUCAUGUGCUGUUGUUUCUUGAGCAGGCACAUUAUUUUUGUAAUAAAAGACUGUUUACCCACA